UUCACUCUCUGGAUCGUCGUCCUUCGAUCGCACCACUCCAUCCCAAGCACUACUCUCAUCUGAAGCUAGGCUUGCUGAGGACUGACCCUUGUCUCUGCGAUGGAGAGACAUGGGAAGAAGGCAAUCAGCUGCAGAGAGCUUUGGCUGGUCAUGUUGUCCAUCUUAGCGCUCAUUCACUCCUCGCAUGCUAUAGAUGACAUUUACCGCCCAGGUCCAUUUGAAGUGGAUGUGUUCGAUGCUCCUCAAGCCGGCCCUGACGAAGUUCCGACUUGCCAUCAAACUGCUCCGAGUCCCAGCCCGGCUGGGACCCCAGUUCCAAGACAUCUCCUCAUUGCAGUUCCCCUGCAAUCUGGUGUGUAUCCAGUGGUUCAAUUACAGCAUGGGUUCGCGUUGAGCGUCGACUCCUACACGCAAUUGCUUCGACACGUGGCCUCGUAUGGAUACAUAGUCAUUGCUCCUCAGAUGCCUCUUCAGAUUACUUCAACAGACGCGACCAACGAGAUUUCGACGGCUGCCUCUGUUCUGACAUGGUAUCCUAAGAACCUCGCAGCUCUGAUCGAAUCGAGGUUGCAAUGGUCGAGUCUGCGCAUUAAACCCGACCUGAACAAAUUCAUUCUGGCGGGACACAGUCGAGGAGGAAAGGUGGCCUUCGGUUUGGCGACCGGGGUCUGCAAAACAUCGGUGCAGUUUUCAGCAAUUGCAGGACUGGAUCCCGUCGAUGGCACUGGACCAGGCCAGCAAACGAUUCCGAAAAUUCUUCCAAACGAGCAAUUCGGAUUGGAUCUGCCCUUUCCGACUCUAGUAGUAGGAGCGGGACUCGGCAGCAAGAGGAAUUUUCUCCUACCGCCAUGCGCACCUGAUGGAGUGAGCCACGGCGCAUUCUUUUUCGACAGCGGUCCUCUUGCACUUCACUUUGUCGCUCCCGCGUAUGGACACAUGGAUUACCUGGACGACGAGCUAAGUGCCGCUGACGGCUUUCUGGCCAGCACUUUGUGCAAGAAUGGGCCCUCUCGAGCUCCCAUGAGGACAUUCGCAGGAGGCAUCGUGGUUGCAUUUUUGCAAGCUGUAUUCGGAAACACUGACGCGAUUUUUCGUGCCCUUGAGAACAUCCCUUCAACAGCUCCCGUCGAGUUAGACACUCCGGCGUUUACCGACUCUGCCCGGACAGCGUCAGCCUAGGAGGCUGCAACUUCGUCUAAUUGCAGUCCUGCAGAUUUUUGAUAAGAAAAACAAGGAGUAGCUCAGAUUGAGCUUGCUUCUUUGUAGCAUAUAUGAGAUUUCAACAUGGGCGUCUCAAGGAUUUCCCAAUUCAUCUCAUCCACAAGUUAUGGGAUAGAUUGACGGUUACACAACAAUAGAUACAAUGUUAAGUUAUACAGUUGACAAUAUUUGUCAUUGUUUUUAUAGUGUAUAGUUGGUGAUAUACAUAACAUAAAUCUAAUUAGAUCAAAGAUAAUUCUUCUAUAAAUAGAUAAUGACAUACACAACGAUCUUUGUAAACUAAGGAGAAUAGUGUAGUAAAAUAGGUUACAAAGUGGUACCACUAACAUGUAAUAAGAUGGCACAUUUUCAAUUCUCAAUCCCUGAGAUAUGUGGAUGGAUUCUGUAAUAUGAAAUUUCAGCUGAUGAAAAUUCUC